UACCCCUAUCAAGUACUCGGCUGCGGAUGGUCCCAUUUGCCUAGUAAAUACCCGAGGUCUAGACCGAUCGCGACUAAUAAUUAAGGGGUAUGGACCAACAACAAAAAGAUGUUGUUCAAGAACUGUUUUCGUUUCUGGUGUACACAGUGGACCCCCGAUAUAUCAUGGCGGAUAUCUUCAGGCGGAGGGGGAUGUCUCGACAACUAAUGAAUCGCAUCGAUGAAGAUCCAUGCCGGACACACCGAGCAGAAACAUUCUUUUUGGAGAUAGUAGACAUAUGUCCCUUUCGCAUACUUAUCAAAUCAUUGAAACGCACAAAUCACAGGUUUGUAGCCAAGAAACUUCGUAAAGCCUAUCAACGGAUCACAAGACAAACAUGUGUGAAAACAACAGAUCAACUAUUUGCAUGGCAAAGCAUUCAUCCUGUCCAAAAUGAGGAAUGCGUUUAUGAAGAAUUAAGAUCCUACAAGGACAAUGGUAAAGGCGAUACACUAGAACGGCGUGUAAGUAGUAUUGUAUGGAAAUGGGAAACAGAAUAUAAAACUAGACGACCAUCCCCAGAGAAAUAUCGUAUGGCACAAGCUGUCAUUGACGCCAAGCUCGUCUGGUUGCGAUUUUCGUUGGAAGCUGAGAAACCGUGUGACGUGCUUGCACAAAUUCAUGACGUGGGAAGUCUGAUUAUUCACACUACACAGCCGGUAAAAUCAACAAUCAUGGUUCUUUCUGUCCAGUUGCAAUUAUCGGUAAAUUCAGGGGGUAAUAUAGAAGACUCUCUGCAAAAAUACAAUGACAUCAAAUUCACGGCUGAGAAAUUGGAGUUAGGUGCGAUACAUUCGGUAAAUGUGUACGUUGCAGAAUUCUUGGUAGACCUUAUGUCGUAUAAACUUACAGGAAAGCAAGAUCUCAAACACAAAUUGCUGGGCUCUAUCGAUCAGAUCAUGGAGAGGUUCGAAAGAGCGGGUAAUGCAGACGAAGCAGAGAAGCGAUUUCGUUUACAAUUUAUAAGAAGAAGUCUUGUAGUCAAAGCACUGCUGUGUCUCAAUCUGACAAUCGGGGGAAGACCGAUCCCUGGGCCUGUCUCUAGCAGCGAUAUAACUUCAGCGAGCGAAGCUCUUGAGAAAGUCGCCUGCGAUUGGGAGGAACUUGAUAUGAGAUGGAAGAUGUUGUUCCAUGUUGCGCUCUCGAGACGGUUUCUGUCGGAAGGGAACACAGCAAGGGCACUUGAAGAAGCAGAAAAUGCUCAGAAAUUAUCAAACAAACUUCAUCACUGUGAGGAACGACGUAAUGUCAUUCUAUUAUUGGAGGAUAUUCGAAAUGCCUCCAAUGACUAA